AUGGCUAACUGUGGUAGCAAGGCAGAUGCUGGUGUUCUCUCUCACCUGGUAUCCAGUGCUGGAAGACAAGGGGACACUGGCAGUUUGAGAGACCCAGCAUGGCGGUAUGAUGGCAAUGCAGGGUUCCAGGAGUUGAAGGCUGAGGUGACUGAGGUUCCUGCUCCUAGUACUGAGGACAGCACAGGCUGUGGGGAGUUGAUAUCAAUAGGAGAGCCAGUGUCCCAUCGUAAGGCUGAUAGUAUAGCUGGUAAAUAUGGGGUGUGGAUGCAGGAUCCGGAGGCUGUGGCGCCCUACGGAGGGAAGAUGGUGUGGCGCAUCGAUACAGUGGGGUCAGAGGUCAGACAGCUGUUUGGUUACGAGGACAUGGACCAGCUCUCUAAAGGCUACCCCUCAAAGGUGUUGCUGUUGCCGGAGCCAGUGGAGAGUACAGGAGCGACUCUGUACCGCGGCUCUCUGUACUACCAGCGCCGCCGCAGCCGCACCCUGCUGAGGUACGACCUGGCAUCUGAGAGCAUCGCCGCCCGCCGAGACCUGCCCCACGCCGGCUUCCACGGCCAGUUCCCCUACUCCUGGGGCGGCUACACCGAUGUGGAUCUUGGGGUGGACGAGCAGGGCCUGUGGGCCGUCUACAGCACCAACAAGGCUAAAGGAGCCAUCGUGGUGUCCCAGCUGAACCCACACAACCUGGCGGUGAAGAGGAGCUGGGAGACCAGCAUCAGGAAGAACAGUGUGGCUAACGCUUUCGUCAUCUGUGGCCGUCUCUACACGGUUGCCAGCUACACUGCUCCUAACACCACCAUCAACUUUAUGUUCGACACAGCUACUGGCCAGGGGAAGCAGGUGGCGCUACCCUUCAGGAAUAAGUACCGCUACAACAGCAUGGUGGAUUAUAACCCUGCCCAAAGGAAGCUACACGCCUGGGACAACUUCCACAUUGUCUCCUACGACGUCAGGCUGGGUCACCAGUAGAGGAACUCACAACAAAAACCUUUCAAAAAGACUUUCUCUUGUCUUUAGAGCAGUUAGUGUGGUAGUCAGUGGUUAGAAUGCUAUUAUUUACCACCUUCGUCAAUGCGAAGGUUUAGUAGUUACCAAAACUGGCCACAGCAGUGAUUGAGAUGAAGCUUUUUCAAGCAAAUUGUGUUAUGAAUUAAACCCCCUGCAGGUAUGUUGUUUCAGUGGGAAGGCUUUUGCUGUGGCACAGUCCACAAACAUGUUUAUAGAGGAAUUAUUUUUCUACUGUUUGGUUGUCAGAGAUCGGCUUUUAUUGUGUUUUGAUGUAUAGUGUUGAAAGGGAGGUGAGGGGUCAAAGAAUAAAUAAUGAAGUUUACUCCUUGCAUACUGUAUCAUUGGUCAUCAUACAAACUGUAUUGUGUAUAAAACUCCUUCUGACCUGUGCAUUGUACACCACUAUUACAUUAUGUACAAAUUCAUACAAAGGUCAAAUAAAAGUU